AUGCCCCGUUCUGAUGGUGCUACCUCUUGGAUGCCAGAUUGUACUCAUUGGACUGUCUCCAACUCGUCUCGUUCUGCUGCUCCGGUUGCUCGUCUCUCUCUUGGUGCUUUGCGAAGGUAUUGGCACCCUGCAAAGGGUACCAUUACAUCUCGUAUGGGUCCUCCCUUGAAGUUGCCUGCUCAUUUGUUGCUGUCUCCUGCUUUGUGGCGUACUUUCUGGUCCCUGGAAAUGCCUGCAAAGGCUUUCACACCUUGGUGGCGAUUGCUACAUGACCGUCUCCCGCACCGUUCGUGGUGCCAUAAGAUUAUGCCUACAAAAGUUCUGUCUCCUGCUUGUGCUCUUUGUGGUUUUGCUACAGAGGACCUUUACCAUUUCGUGGUGGGUUGCCGUAUCAAGUCAUUUUUCUGGCAGGAUGUAGUCUCUUUGUUGUCACUUCAAGAGCUACUCCCCUCUGCUUCUUCUAUUUGGUUGGCGCUGACUACCUUUUGUAGUGGUUCAGAUUUGUUGGUGAUCGAUGAGGAUGUUCUGAUUGCUCUUGGUGCUGCUUACAGUACACUUUGGAAGUAUCAUUGGCAAUGCAUCAUAGACGAGGAGCCUUGGAUAGCUUCUGCUGCUAUCAACAUGGUCCGUCAAGACCAUAGUACACUCUUUUCUUCUCUUUCUUUGGCAAGUGUUCAAGCUGGCACCUUGGCCUUGCCUGUAAACUCUGUAUAA